UCCUGCGCUUUUCUCCCCUCUGCCGGCCUCCGGUGCGCGCGCGCCCGAAGGUCGCCGGAGAGCGCGCGCAGUGGGGCCCCGACGGGAGCGUCGCCUCCCCGGCCCUCCUCACAGCUUGUCCUGUAAUACGGGCCCGGCGGGGCCAUGGAGGCCGGCGCCGGGAACAGGACCCUUUCCGGUGUGGAGGUGACUGCAGGCCAGCGAGUGGGAUGUGAACUGAGUUUGCUCCGGCGUCGUGGGGAAUAUGAAUUGGUUAUCUGUUCCCGAGAGAAGGAGCCCCCUGUCCAAGAGAACAUUCCCAUCAACAGCCGCUUUAAAUGUGUACAAGAGGCUGAAGAAACUCUCCUGAUUGACAUAGCAACCAAUACUGGCUGCAAGAUCCGGGUGCAAGGUGACUGGACAGCGGAGCGUCUUUUUGAGUUCCCAGACGAGGAGCAAUGCUUGGGGUUCUUAUCUGAGGUGAUGAGAAUUCAGAAAGCCCAAACUAAAGCGCCUUUCCCCGAUCUUGCGGACCAUGCCUCCUGGCACCAAGUUAAAGGCCUCUCUGGGCCUGCUGAGUCUCCUGCUGCAGGGAUUGUGGGAUUUGAGGAUAACUUCAGUGCCAUGAGUUUGGAGAAGAAACGGAACUUGCAGAAUCAACAAAUGAGUGCCCGCCGAGAGCCUCCUCCCCCACCUCUGCCGCCAAACAAGCCGUGUCUCCGAGAGAAGGAGGCCGUUGUGAGCAAGGACCAGGCCAAAGUCAGCAACACCAUGCGCAUGCUCUUCGUGCCCGCCACACAAUCCGGGCAGAGGGAGGGGCUCAUCAAGCACAUAAUUGCCAAGAGGGAAAAAGAGUAUGUCAACAUCCAGAACUUCAGGUUUUUUGUGGGGACAUGGAAUGUGAACGGGCAGUCGCCGGACAGUGGCUUGGAACCCUGGCUGAAUUGCGACCCUGAGCCUCCAGACCUCUAUUGCAUCGGGUUCCAGGAGCUGGACCUGAGCACGGAGGCUUUCUUCUACUUUGAGUCAACCAAGGAGCAGGAGUGGCUGACAGCUGUGGAAAGAGCUCUGCAUGGUAAAGCCAAAUAUAAAAAAGUGCAACUGGUGCGACUGGUAGGCAUGAUGUUGCUCAUCUUUGCCAGGAAAGAUCAUCUCGGCCACAUCCGGGACGUGAUGGCCGAGACGGUGGGCACGGGCAUCAUGAGCAAGAUGGGUAACAAGGGAGGUGUGGCCGUGAGGUUCGUCUUCCACAACACCAGUUUUUGCAUUGUCAACUCCCACCUCGCCGCCCACGUGGAAGACUUUGAGCGGCGCAACCAGGAUUACAAGGACAUCUGUGCGCGGAUGAGUUUCCAGACCCCUGACCUGAGCCAGCCGCAGCUGACGAUCAUGAAACAUGACGUUGUCAUCUGGCUGGGAGAUUUGAAUUACAGGCUUUGCCUUCCUGAUGCCACAGAAGUGAAAGGUCUGAUCAGCAAAAAUGAGCUUCAGCAGCUGUUGAUGUAUGACCAGCUGAAUAUUCAGCGCACUCAAAAGACAGCUUUUGCUGACUUUACAGAGGGAGAGAUUAAGUUCAUUCCCACGUACAAAUUUGACUCAAAAACGGAUCGCUGGGAUUCCAGUGGGAAGUGCCGUGUGCCGGCCUGGUGCGACCGAGUCCUCUGGCGAGGAGGCAGCGUAAAUCAGCUCCGGUACCGCAGCCACAUGGAGCUUAAAACAAGCGACCACAAGCCCGUCAGCUCUCUCUUCCUCAUUGGGGUAAAGGUUGUGGAUGAACGACGGUACCGGAAGGUGUUUGAAGACAUUGUUCGGAUGAUGGACCGGAUGGAGAAUGAAUUCCUUCCAUCUCUGGAGCUCAGCAGGCGGGAGUUUUCAUUUGAGAAUGUGAAGUUUCGUCAGCUGCGGACAGAGAAGUUCCAGAUCACUAACAAUGGUCAGGUCACCUGCCACUUCUCCUUCAUCCCCAAGCUAAAUGACAGCCAGUACUGUAAGCCGUGGCUUCGUGCUGAGCCCUGUGAGGGUUACUUAGAACCAAAUGAGACAGUGGAUAUAUCCCUCGAUGUUUAUGUCAGCAAGGACUCGGUGACCCUUCUGAACUCAGGAGAGGACAAAAUUGAGGAGAUUCUUGUCCUCCAUCUCGACCGAGGCAAGGAUUACUUCCUCACCAUCAGUGGCAAUUACCUGCCUAGCUGCUUUGGGACUUCCUUGGAAGCCUUGUGCCGCAUGAAGCGACCGAUCCGCGAAGUCCCGGUCACCAAGCUCGUUGAUCUGGGAGAAGACAGUUUCCCAGAAAAGGAGAAAUCCCUUCUGGAGAUGGUGCCCCAGGACAGCGAGGACUCUGGUGAUCGACCUUUGCACGUUCCUAAGGAGAUCUGGAUCUUAGUGGACCAGCUCUUCAAGAAUGCUUGCCAUCAGGAGGACCUCUUCCAAACCCCAGGUAUGCAAGAGGAGCUGCAGGAAAUCAUUGAGUGUCUGGACACAACCAUUCCUGAGACUAUCCCUGGCAGUAAUCACUCGAUUGCUGAAGCCCUGCUGAUCUUCCUGGAGGCGCUGCCAGAACCAGUCAUUUGCUAUGAGCUGUAUCAGCGCUGCCUUGACUGUUCUCAAGACAGCCGUUUCUGCCGGCAGGUGAUCUGCCAGCUGCCCCGGUCCCACCGGAAUGUCUUCCGCUACCUGAUGGCAUUCUUGCGGGAGCUGCUGAAAUAUUCUGAGGACAACAACGUUAGUGCCAACAUGCUAGCCACCCUCUUUGCCAGCCUCCUUCUACGACCCCCACCCAACCUUUUGGCAAAGCAGACCCCACAGGAGCGCCAUCGGUCUAUCAACUUCCUCCUUGUCUUCCUGCUGGGAGCGGAUGACUACUAAAGGUGCCAAAGUGUGGACUCCAAGCCAGCAGGGUGGCAGCUUGGAGCAGGGGAGAGGGAGGAAAGGAGAGGCCUGGCCUCUCUUCCCUUCUUCCGUGUUUACGAAGAUGAGGCAGCUUCCCAGUCUUCCUGCAGGGGGGGAAUCCAUCUCGCUGUACCUGAGCCCCCUUCCCUGUGCUUCAUCUUUUUUUUUGCCAGCUUUUCUCCUGACCCAAACACAACUGCCAACCCGGUUUCCCCUCAGGCUGGAGAUCCUCUUGUGGUUGAAGGAGGCAGUCUAAUCCCUGGGAACUCAGCCAAGGGAAUGGCCUUCUUGCUGCAGCCAGGGGUUUGCUGGCGGUUGACCUUACUGCAGAAACACCACAUUUGCACACACACAAACCCCAGAACCAUCCUAGUAAAAUAUUUGUUUGAUGCUCUCGCUAGAUAUGAGGCUUGGAAAGGGGCCUACCUUGGCCUGGAAUUGCAGGGAAGGAGACUUACUUUCUCUGCCCUUGGAACCUGGUGCUGGUCGAGAAGAAGCAGGGCAGCAGCUGUGACGUGACACACCAACUUCCUUGCCUCUCUGUACAGUUCAGCUUUCUGUCCUUUUCCUGUCCUGUAGAGUGUGUGGCACAUGGUCCUCGCCCUGCUGAUUUUCCUAAGGGGCUCUAGUUCUUUAUGAAACACUAAACACUGCCUAAGGGGGAGGGAAGAACGGCAAAUGGGGGGAGACGUGCCUCAACUCAGGGCCACGGACGGGCUCUCUGUUGAGCGUCCCUCCCUCUUUCACAGUCCUGCACUUUGUCUUUCUGUUUGUCUGUCCUGGGUUGCUAUAUUUAAUGGUACCCACUUUCUCCUUUUUUAAAAAAAAAAAGCUGUAUAAUUUAUUGGGAAACCUGUUUCAAAAUAAAUCUUCAUUGUGCAA